GUGAAAUUGGUUCGUAGUAUUGAGACGGUAAAACAAAAAGUUGUAGUGGUUUGACAGACUGACAGAUAACAAGCAUGGAUGGUGUCUACAAAGAGGGCAUGCUGUAUCUUCAAGAGGUGAAACUCAUAAGAAAAACGUGGCAGAAAAUCUGGAUGGUGCUCUUUAAACCCAGCUCCUGUGCAGCUGGCCGCUUGGAAAUCUAUAGCAUGCAAAAUGAUACUGGCUCCAACUCUAUAUUUGACCAGAGGAAGGCUGCUCAGCAGAAACCGCCAGCAAAGAAGGUUGUGCGUUUUUGUGAGUUCCUCGGUGUCAGUCAUGCUCCCUUGCAGUCUUGUCCUGCCGGGUGUGCAGCCUUCUACCUGAACACCACAUUGCGGACCUACACCCUGGCCUCCCCGUUAUGCCAGGACUGGCUCAGAGCUCUAGCUCUUCUGGCCUUUCAGAAGGAUCCUGGAGACUUACACAAAGGGGUUUUCCACAGAGGAAGCUGCUUGACCAUGGAGGACAAUGAUCUUUACUCACCUUUGAAAACUGAUUUGUCCCUGCCACAAAACCAGUACCAAGUUACUGUCCAGAGUACAGAGGCAUCGCAGAGGUGCAAGUUGGCCGACAACUACUUGAUAGCGCUGGAGACACAGGCCAUGUUGCUGCUGGAUGUCACUAAUGGCCACAUUGUGCACCGCUGGCCAUACAAGUUCCUCCGCAAAUUUGGAGAGGUUGAGGGGGGAUUCAGCAUUGAAGCAGGCCGCCGCUGUGACUCGGGAGACGGAGUGUUCAUCUUCUUCUCCCCGCAUGCCCCUGAGAUCGUGUGCACUAUUUCAUCCCGGUGCUCAGCGGAGGCGACAUCAAAAGACUCCUCUGUGCAGCCUCUCUGCUUUCACAAAGAAUCCUCACCCGUUCAUUAUUUUCCCACCGCUGCUCCAACCCACGACCACGUUUUGUCUGACAAAGACGACAAAUCUGUGUGCAUCUACUCUACAAUAAGUGACAGCAGCGUGCCGGAUGCAAGAAGAUCAUCUCUGAAACUUCCCUUCACCUGUGGAAAGGAGGCAGAGGAGGAAGAGGAAGACCUGGAUUACAUAGAGUGGGGUCAGUUCCCAGAGGCCAUAAACCAGGAUGAUGCAGAAGCAGAUAGCGCUUAUUGCAACCUGAGGGGAUCCACACAAUCCAGAUCAACUCCAAAUCAGUCUGAGACAGACUCUUGUGAAUACACUGAUGUGAAAAUUCCGGAUGUCGUCCCUGAGCUUGAGUCUGUUUCUGAUAUCUACACCCUACCUAAGCCUCGAUGUGAGCGCCAGCCGCUUGAGAAGAACCACAGCCAACCCGGCUCCACAGAAACACCCGGGAGCUUCAAACACAGGCUGGCAGAAAUCAUUUCUAAGGACCUCGCCAGGAUCCAGUCACUGCCAUUCUCUGGGGUGGGAAACUCCAACUGA